UUCUCCUCUCCUCGCGCGCCGGCCAUGACGGGCUCACUGUUCAAGGGGAACUUUUGGAGUUCAGACAUCCUCAGCAGCAUUGGCUAUGAGACCAUCAUCCAGCAUCUGAACAAUGGCCGUAAGAACUGCAAAGAGUUUGAAGACUUUUUAAAAGAAAGGGCAUCAAUUGAAGAGAAAUAUGGCAAAGAUCUGCUUAGCCUCUCUAGGAAGAAGCCAUGUGGACAGUCUGAGACCAACACCCUGAAGCGGGCCCUUGACGUCUUCAAGCUACAAGUAGACAAUGUGGCACAAAGUCACAUUCAGCUUGCACAGACUCUAAGAGAAGAGGCCAGGAAGAUGGAAGAAUUCAGGGAAAAGCAAAAGUUACAGCGAAAAAAGACGGAGCUUAUAAUGGAUGCUGCCCAUAAACAAAAGAGCUUACAAUUCAAGAAAACCAUGGAUGCAAAGAAGAACUACGAGCAGAAAUGCCGAGACAAAGAUGAAGCAGAGCAGGCUGUCCACCGGAGUGCCAACGUGGUAAACCCGAAGCAACAAGAAAAGCUUUUUGUGAAACUGGCAACUUCAAAGACUGCAGUAGAAGACUCAGACAAGGCGUACAUGCUGCACAUCAACACUCUGGAUAAGGUCCGUGAAGAGUGGCAGAGCGAACACAUCAAGGCCUGCGAGGUGUUUGAGACUCAAGAAUGUGAACGAAUAAACUUCUUUCGGAAUGCACUGUGGUUACACAUGAAUCAGCUGUCACAACAAUGUGUCACAAGCGAUAACAUGUAUGAAGAAGUCCGUAAGAGUUUAGAAAUGUGUAGCAUUGAGAAGGACAUUGAGUACUUUGUGAAUCAACGCAAAACUGGACAGGCUCCACCAGCACCCAUCGUGUACGAGAAUUUCUACUGCCCCCAGAAGAAUGCAGCCCCACCAGGAAAGCCUACGGGGCCUAACUUGACAAGGAGAAGACCUCUCCCAAUUCCUAAAAGUUUACCAGAUGACCCUGAUUAUUCUUUGCUUGAUAACUACAAUUUGAUCUAUCAGUAACAUCAAUGAAAACAAAGCUUUUUAUGGUUGGCGCUUCUGUGGCAUGGAAGGAGGCACUUAAAGCAGCAGAAUCUGUAGAGAUUACGUCAAUCAUGAAGACUUUGAAGUGAACCCUUGCUAUAAUGUUUUGAUAUUUUAAAAUUUAUGGUAGACAUUUAGUU